AUGACUAGUGGUUUAUUUGCGCGAUAUAAUCAUGACGACGACUAUGACACGCAUAACCAUGGAUUGGAUAUGACACAUCCUCUCUUUUUAGAGCUACAACGAAGAGAGCUAGAGCGAUACAGUCGAAUGAGACAACCUACCUCAAAUUCCAAUAGUAGUAGUAGUCAUAGGGAGGAUACCACAGACACCACUCGUCCAACCAACAUGCUCAGAGCAUCUAGUUCUAGUAGCAGCAGUACCAGCACCUCAUCUCCCACUUCUAGCGAGUCUUCCUCAUCUUCCUCAGCCUUACGUAUCCCUCAACAUUUAUUCAGAUUUUUACACAACGCCACCUCACAUAACCAUCACCAUCCACAACAACCCCAACAACAGCAUACGUCCCACACUUCACCAUUCAUUCAUGCUCCCACUCUUUUAUUUACACCUCCUGCCAUAUUCACACAACCCACUUCAUCAUCAUAUCAAGGAAGAGGUCCAUUCAGAUACCAUCAUCAUACGUCACACAGCAGUAAUCAUCGACAUGGAAUUAUUGGAGGAUCAGUUCAUCCAUUAUAUUUUGUUGAUCGAGAUUUUGAUGAGAGAGACUAUGAGUUGUUAUUACAACUUGAUGCUCAACAACCAACUAAAACGGUAGAGACAUCAAUCAUUGACAAAAUUCCUCUCGUGACAGUAGAAGAAAGUAAUUGUACCUGCAGUAUUUGUUUGGAUGACCUUGAAGUUGGAUCUAAGGCUAGUGAAAUUCCAAUUUGUAAUCACAAAUUCCAUCCAAAGUGUAUUGAGACUUGGCUUAAAGAUUACGGGCACACAUGUCCUAUUUGUAAGCAACCAGUGUCAGAAAUUGACUUUAAUGCCCUCAAAGAAAAUGAGAACCCAAAGAAGAGAAAGGACAUUGAGAAUAUUCAAGAAACAACCACUACUGCAACUUCUCAGACAAGAAAGAAAGCCAAGCACAGAAGAAGGUAA